AUGAAAACCUCACUUCAGCAAACCCUCUCUUUCUUGUUCAUCCUCAAUUCUGUGCUAUCAUCGUUUCCACCACCCCAAGCCGCCGCCGCCGCUGACGGCGGUGCCACCAUAGCUUUUGCAACCGUAGGUAGAUCUAGCUACGCCUUCGACAUCUACGCUCUCCCCACGUACGGCCGAUCGAUAGAAACCCGCCUGACCGACGGCAAAUCCGUCAAUUUCAACGGCUACUUCACCUCGUCGGAAUCCUUCUCCAUGCUCCCGAUGAUGCCCAAUCGAUCCGACCCGACGACCCAUGUCCUCUACGUCUCCGAACGAAACGGGUCGUCGGGAAUUUACCUCGAUGCGCUCUUCGAGACCCGGGUUUCACGAACCGGGUCAAGGUCCAUACUUGAGUCGCCGACCGAGUCGUCUCGGUUUCAGGUUCCUUUGGUUGGCGACGAGGAAACCGGUGGCCGGAUCUCGAUGAAGGACAGGCCGAGCUUGGUGGGUCCUAAUUUGAUCUACGUUUCGACCCACGAGGAUCCGGGCGUGCCCCGGGCAAGCUGGAACGCAGUCUACUUGACUCACCUAGUGACCGGGUCGACUCGGCGUCUGACCCCGACAGGGGUGGUGGAUUUCAGCCCCGCCGUAUCGCCUUCUGGGGUCUGGACGGCGGUGGCGUCGCUUGGGGAAAAGGGUUGGGGCGGGGAGAUUCAAGAACUCGAAACAGAUAUUUACUUGUUCCUAACUCAAGACGGGUCGAAACGGGUCAAGAUCAUUGAGCACGGCGGGUGGCCCAGCUGGGCCGAUGAUUCAACUAUUUACUUCCACAGAAGGUGCGAGGACGGGUGGUGGAGUGUUAUUAAGGCGUCUUUCAACACAAAAUAUGGUAAACUCGGUGUCGACUCGGUGGUGACUCACCGUAUCACCCCACCUGGUCUGCACGCCUUCACCCCAGCAGCUUCUAUAGCCAACAAGAGCUUCAUAGCAUUAGCCACGAGACGACCCGGAUCCGAAUUUCGCCACAUAGAACUCUACAAUUUAGCCUCCAAAAAGUUUACCCAUGUGACCCGACCCGUUUCACCAAAUGCACACCACUACAACCCCUAUAUCUCGCCCGACUCAAGUCGGGUCGGGUACCACCGAUGUAGGGGCGCAAGCAAUGACGAAACGGGUCAUCAUAAUAAUUUCGUACUCGAGAAUGUUCGGAGCCCGUUGCCCAACGUGUCUUUGUUCCGGGUCGACGGGUCGUUCCCUUCGUACUCCCCGGACGGAAAACGGGUCGCCUACGUGAAAUCCCCGGGCCUAUACGUGAUGAACAAUGACGGGUCGGGCCUCCGAACAAUUCUUACCCAACCCGCCUUCUCGACCGCAUGGGAUUGGAAGAGGAAAGGAGUUGUCUACACGAGUGUGGGGCCCACAUUUGCGAGCGAGGGCACAAAAGUCGACAUAAUAUCGAUCGACGUCGACAAUGAGGACCGAAGCUACAAACAACUAACCCUAGGAGGCGAGAACAACGCGUUCCCUUCACCUUCGCCGGACGGGAAAUGGGUCGUGUUUAGAUCGGGCCGAACGGGCCACAAAAACUUAUACAUAAUGGAUGCUAUAAACGGUGAAUCGGGCGGGCUCUACACGUUAACCGAGGGCCCGUGGACCGAUACAAUGUGCAAUUGGUCGCCAGAUGGCGAGUGGAUCGCGUUCGCCUCGGAUAGGGAGAAUCCGGGCUCGGGUAGCUUCGAAAUAUUCAAGAUCCAUCCAAAUGGCACCGGGCUCGAGAAGGUGAUCAAGAGUGGUUUUGGCGGGCGGGCUAACCACCCGUGGUUUAGCCCGGAUGGGAAGCACAUAGUGUUUACCUCGGAUUACGCGGGAGUUUCUGCAGAGCCGAUUUCGAACCCACACCAUUACCAACCGUAUGGUGAUAUCUUUGUGAUCGAGUCGGAUAGGUCGGGUAUUCGGAGAUUGACCCACAACUCUUACGAGGAUGGAACCCCUGCUUGGAGCCCUAAAUUUACGAGGCCCUAUAAUGUCGAGUGUCCCAUGGAAAGGCCCAAGUGUUCAUUUGAUGAUUGUUAUUGGCUUAGGGUAAGGUCUAAUGAGGUAUUGGGUUCAUCCAAGAGGCAGUGUGCUGAGUGA